AUGUACUUAAGUCCCGGUGCCUCUUUUUGGCCCUUGUCACUGAUCUCAUGGAAGGUGAAGGUGUGGAUCCGAAGAUGGCAGGCUGCGAGGAGCUUCCGCAAGAGGCAGGGGCCGCUCGGGGUUUCGAGAACAGAGCUGUUGGCCGUUUCCCACCUGGGCCUUUCUCUCCUUUCUCCAGGCACGCACCAGGUGCAUCCGCACAGAAAGCGAACCAUGUUCACCGAGAAGCAACUGGAAGCUUUGAACAUGCUGUUCAAUGAGAACCCAUACCCAAACCCCAGCCUUCAGAGAGAGAUGGCCUCAAAAAUUGACAUACACCCGACGGUUCUGCAGGUUUGGUUCAAGAACCACAGAGCAAAACUGAAGAAAGCAAAGAGCAAGACGGUGCAGCCGAAGCAAGCCCCUCCUCCACAGCCACCGGCACCUGAGGCUGCAAACAAGACCACUCCCAGCCAGGGUACUGUGGACCCGCAGCCCAGGCCCCCGAACCCCACCUAUCCUGUAGGCCUCGUCUACAGAGGCCACCAGGCUCCGGCAUACCAUCUGAGCCUAUACCCCAGCGUCAAGGGCCCUGUGGAUGUCUUCCUUGGCCACAGAAUAGUCCACUUUGGCUGCUGCCACGACCCUAACAUUUACUGCCUGUAUCCCAUUGUGGAAUCCCAGGCGGGCUCCGCACGCCUCGGCCCUCAUGUCGUCGGCUGUUCACUUCUACGGAGCAGGGAGAGGCAGGCGCCGGACGUGAAAGGCCACAGGCCAUGA